GAUGGCAGCUUGUGGUCUGCGGGGGAGAAGACUCUGAAUCGUCGCUCACUUGUUUUCUCGUCGGCCAUUCCGUCUCCGAGCUUCACGGGUGCCGGUUACGCGGGAGGUGAAUUACGGCAUUAAAGUAAAGUGCUUUAGGACGGCGUUGCUUUUUAAAAUUUCAGUUUUUAAAAUUUUACUUGUCUUUAUUUAUGCCGAUACUCUCGUUAGACUAUAUAUAUUAUCAUAUGGACUAGCAUUGCGAGCUGGAGGAAGUUCAAGGGGUACGAGCCUAUAGUUAUUCAUUCUCCCUUUUCCUCUUCUUUUUUUGUGGCGAUUCGGAAAAAAAAUAGACACAAUGAGGAACAACAAACCUAAAAUGUGCAUCGGGAUGCUCGUUAUGGCUGCCCUGCUGACCAGCGCCCACGCUGACACCGUCUCAGCUGUCAAUCAAGCCGAAAGAUUUCUAUCGCUGUUCUCAGUCGUGAGGUUCAAGAACACUGCGUGCACCGGCUCUUCUGGCGACUCGGGGACCUGUUACGCCAAACAUUCCUGUCUUCUCAACGGCGGCAGCCUGGAGGGCACCUGCGCAGGCGGCUUCGGGAACUGCUGCGUCACAAAGAUCGGGUGCGGCGGAGUUACCAGAAAUAACUGCACCUACAUACAGAGUCCAGGUUACCCGUCUACCUUCAGUACGGCCAUGACGUGUACGCAGACGAUCAGUUUCAAUAGCGACGUCUGUCAACUUAGACUUGACGUGACUGAGGUUGACCUCGCUCCGCCCGACAACUCCGGAAUGUGUCUUGAGGACGUCCUCACCUUCUCGCAAGAUACGAAGUGGUCGCAGGUUUGCGGGACGACUCUCAACACCCAUUACUACCUGGACGUGGACCCAACAACGAGCACAAAGGUCGAUUUUACCUUCAACAUCGGCGCCGGGACUUACCCCCGGAAGUGGAAGAUCAAAGUAUCGCAAAUCUGUUGCGACCAACUCUCCAUGGCUCCCAUGGGGUGCGGGCAGUACUUCACCUCGACCACGGGGACCAUUAAGGCUUGGAACGCAGACGGGAGCAACCGCGUCUACCUCCAUGGCCAAAACUACGCCAUUUGUCUCAGGAAGGAACUGGAUCGGUGCUCGAUCACCUACACGGAGACGAUGGACGACUGGUUCCUGCCGCGCUGUGGAGACACGCUCGAAUUCCCGUUUUCUAUCAUCCAGUCAAACAACCCCUCCACAGGGGAGACUUGCCUCGAUUUCGCCGGCAUCAGGCCCGUCCUUCAACCCGCGACGGCCAGUCUGCAGGGUCCGCAACAAAUAUACUUCGUGACAGGUGAUGGCGGAAAUGACCAUUUUGGCGUCGGGCAAAACUCCAACCUGGAUCUUGAAUUUUCUCAGGGUGCUUGCUAAGGAGGCCACGGGGAUCUCUGAUGUUAUCAUCGUUUUUGUUGUUUGUUGUUGGUUGAAUGCAUAUAUAUCUUUAUUUAUCUAUUCGCUUAGUUGUUGUUGUUGUUGUUGUUGUUGUUGUUUGUUGAAUGCAUAUAUAUAUAUAUUUAUUUAUUUAUUCGCUUUAGUGUUAUGGUAGUAUUUAUAUGAUGUAAGUUGCCUCUGCUAGAUCUGUCUUCAUUUAUGGUUAGUGAAUAUAAUGUGAGAAAUAUGU